AUGCAGCAAAGCUUCACUGACGGCUUGCCCGUCAUUUGCUCGCCUUCUUGCGACGCGGUUGCAAUCCCAAUUCGAAACCGCGCGACGCAAUCAACGGGCGGGUCACCAGACCUUCCUAAGACUGGUGAAUCUUUCUAUAUUCCCUCACCAACAUCUCAACUCGCCGAGCUAGGCCAGCAGGCCCAGUCGCAACAACCGUCAUCAACUUUAUUUCCCAGCACGGUAAACACAUCUAUCCCAGCGUAUCAGUACCCUCAAGUGAAUUCGGCCAGCUCUUCGUCACAGGGUGUAUGGCCUACACCACCUUCUACGACCUGUGAAGAAGACGUGGACAAUUAUUCAUUCCACGGUUCACCUGCAAGUGUUUCUUGUAGGACCCAGCCUUACUCAACACAUUCGUCAGCAGCCAGCCCGGGUACUUGGCCCGCUCAGGAAGAACAUCAUUUCCAAAUGCCCACCUACAAUUACCCUUCUUACACUCAACCACAGUACGGCCAGCAAUACUUCACGCAGGCCGGUUAUGAGAGUCAGAGCUAUCCGCGCACCGACAUGAACGUGGAUGUCAUGGCUCAGCAAGAAUUGCCGUCCACUGCAUCUGAGCUAGCUGAGUCAGAGAGUCAAGCUGCGGUCGCUGAGGGCGAGGCAGAGAAACCGAAACAGGGAUGCACGAGUACAGCAGGGAAGAAGGUAGAGGAACCAUACGCACAAUUGAUAUGGAGAGCCUUCUUGAGUACCCCGACACACUCGAUGUCACUGCAACAGUUAUACCAAUGGUUCCGUGACAAUACGGAAAAGGCUAGAAAUGACAAUCCUGAAAAAGGCGAGAAGGGGGAUACUCGUGGCUGGAUGAAUAGCAUCCGUCACAAUUUGUCCAUGAACCAGGCAUUUGUCAAACGCGAACGCAAGCCGGGCCAAGGUGACUCUGUGAACGAUUCGGGAGAUUCGAAAAAGCAGCUACCAGAAUGGUUCUUGGAAGAUUGGGCUAUCAACGGCGUACAAAGCACAACAAGGUAUCGUAGCAAAACGGCGUCUAGUCGCCAAACUGGCGCAGGUACUCGUACCAGAACGCGCCAAAGCGCAUCAGGACGAGUAAACUCCGGCCGCAGGGGUGGCGUAGCUGCUAGCAAUUCUAAAAGGAACGCGGCAACGAAGAGGGCAAUGAUGACCCGAAACAGCCAUGGCCCGGCAUUUCCCGACGCCAGCAGUAGUGGUAACAACUUGCACGACCCCAUGCAGGCAAUUGGUUACGAUCAUCGUCUCCUCCAUUACCCGCUUCCUGGCGCCCCAAGAAGCGAACAUUUCGCAACACCUAACCCUGGUCACGAAGGUAUGAUGUUGGCGACCAACCCAAUGCAGUCUACAACGUUGCCGACCCCCGACGCAAGCCACGGGUAUGCCUUCGGGUCAGCAAUACCUCAUUAUACCCAAAGCACACAACAUCACAUGUACUCCUUAGAAGAUGUAUCGGGCAUCUAUCAAGGACACCAUGGCGCAAUACCAAUACACGGUAGCCAAGGUAUGGCAACGGCGAUUCCACAAGACUUAAAUGGACUCUUCGAAGAUCACGAAGAAAAUCGCAGUAGGCUCGCCUUUUCCUACUGGAAUGAUCCAACGGCUGGUAGUCAAUACCAGCCCUAGCGACGCCACGUAAGGAUAGUUCAAGUUACCUUUUUGGAUCUAUUCUAUAAUUUCGGCAUGAGACUUCGACA